UCCACUCGGCGCUCUCCGUAGAGCAAACGCCCGGAGCACAGGAGAGAAUGCAGCCAACCGUGUCGUCCCCAGCUCCGCCCUCGCCGCUCCCCUCCUCCGCGCCACCGCCACGGCCGCCGCGCGUCGCCUGCCCCUUCCUCCGCCGCCGCGACCUCCUCAUUCUCCCCGCGGCGCUGUCCCUCCCGCUCGCCCCCGCGCCCACCUCGGCGCGCGGGCUGUUCCGCAUGCCCCCGCCGCGGCUGGCGAACCGCUACUUCCUGGUGCGCGCGGGGGAGUCCGUGUACGAGGGGCAGGGCCUCCUCCGCACCAACCCCGUCUGCAAGACCUCCGUCGACAGCGGCCUCUCCCCUGCGGGGCUCCGGCAGGCGGCCCGCGCCGCGCUCGAGCUUGGCCGCCUCGGCGCCUGCGAGGACGACUGCUGGAUAUGGCCGUCCAUCACGCAGCGCGCGUACCAGGCAGCCGAGAUCAUCGCUGCUGCCAACGGCGUCAACCGCAGCCACAUUGUGCCGGAGUACAGCUUCUUAGAUGCGCGCGGAUUGGGUGCGUUUGAGGGGAAGAGCCUGGACGCCUUGCCCGAGGUGUAUGCGUCAGAUAAUAUUUCUCCGGACAUGAAGCCCCCUCCUAUCAGUGAUGGUACUCCUAAUGAGAGCGUAGCAGAUGUAUUUGUUCGGGUGACACAGCUCAUGUCGAUACUCGAGACCCAAUACUCAGGGGAAACUGUUGUCAUUGUUUCACCAGAUUCUGACAACUUGUCGAUUCUUCAAGCUGGAUUAAUUGGGCUAGACUUCCGGAGGCACAGCAGCUUAUUUUUUCAGCCCGGUGAGGUCCGGCCAGUUGAUCCCACUAGCAUACCUGAAUAUAAGCAGCCUGCUUCUUCUGUUUUUAAAUGUACAAAUCCGCCAAGUUGUAAAUAAUUCGCUUCCUGUCACUACAGUUCAUAUUUUCUGUACAUGUAUGAAUAUCCCUAGGACGAAUGUCUUGUUGAUGGUUGUCUAUAAUAGCUGAAAGUAUGUUGUAUGUGUCACUACACGUCAGCUUGCAUUUGCAUGGUGCUUUAGUAUAGUGGGUCCAAAGUCCUUAGCGACGCAUUGCUAUAGUCAAUUACUGUAUUAACAAUACUUGUAUCUAAAGUGAAAUAGCGUUGACUCU